AUGGAUCAAAAUAAAAUAAUUAAAAUAUCAAAGAAAUAUACUAAUAGAACUGUUAAAUCAUGGCAACAUCCUUCAAAACAAGUUAUAUCCAAUAUAAGGAAAAUCUUAGAAUUAAAUAAAAUUAAAUCACUUCAAUUAAUAUCAAAAAAUAAUAAUACUUUAAUGGAGAAAGAUUUUGAAUUAGAUGAUUUUAUUAAAGUUUUUAUAUCUCAACUGGUUAAAUCUAAAUUACCUAAAACUUUACAAUCUGAAUUAGAUUAUGAUUUAGAUUAUCAAUUGAAAAAAGAGAAAUAUUUGGUUAAUUUAAUAUCAAAUGAAAUUAAUCAAUUGAAUUUAUUACAAAAAAAUUUAAAAUUAGAGAAACAGAAAAAUAAAGAUAUAAAAAGAUAUUUACAUAAUUAUGAAACUCUAUUAAAUAAAGAAUUAGAGAAAUUAAAUGAUGAUGAACAUAAUGAUAAACAUAAUGAACAAAAUAAAUCAAUAAAUCUUUCAAAUUCAAAUGAUCCAGAAAUAAACAAUACAAUAUCUGAAUUAAAAAACUCAUUAAAUAAAAUAGAUCAAUCCUUAUCAAAAUAUAAUGAACUAUCCCAUAAUUUAAAUGAUUUAUUAUCAUAA